CUGGUCCUACUGGGUGGACUCUUCGCUGGUCUCACAAUAGCACUGAUGAGCCAAGAUGAGACUUACCUCAAGGUCGCUGCAUCUUCGGGCGACACGAACGAGAAGAGGUACGCAUCACGAGUGCUAUGGCUUCUCAACAAAGGCAAGCACUGGGUUCUGGUCACAUUGCUGCUUUGCAAUGUCAUCACCAACGAGACCUUACCAAUCGUCCUGCACAAGAGCUUUGGUGGUGGCGGGUUAGUGGCCAUCGUAGGCAGUACUGUCAUGAUUGUGAUAUUUGGAGAGAUCGUCCCCCAAGCCAUCUGUGUGCGAUAUGGACUGUCCAUUGGAGCAUGGACCGCGCCGCUGGUCCUAUGUCUUAUGGUCGUGCUGUCGCCCGUUGCAUGGCCUGCGGCGAAGCUCUUGGAUAGGGUGCUCGGCGAAGAGGCUCACGGGACCAUGUAUAAGAAGUCAGGGCUGAAAACAUUGAUCGAGCUACACAAGACGGCAAAGCAAUUGAUCGAGGAUGAAGCUACCAUCAUCUCGAGUACACUGGAUCUUAAAGACAAGCCGUUGACGAGCAUCAUGACAAGCAUCGAACAUGUCUUCACAAUGUCGACAGAUACAGUGGUAGAUGAGGGAGUUAUCAAACAUAUCCUCGAUCAAGGCUACUCCCGAAUACCCAUCCAUUCGGCCGACGAUCCUGAAACCUUUACCGGAAUGCUGUUGGUACGACGCCUCAUUGGAUACAACCCGGCCGAGCGUAAGCAAGUACAAGAGUUCGAUCUCGUCGCGCUCCCAGAGACGAAAGCUUCUACGACUUGUCUCGACAUUCUCAAUUACUUCCAGGAAGGCAAGAGUCAUAUGGUUCUCAUCUCGAAAUCGCCUGGAGAAGGGACUGGAGCCAUCGGAAUCGUCACGCUUGAGGAUGUCUUGGAAGAG